CAGCCAAAACUGCUAUUAAUAUCGCCUUGGCAACUAAUAAAGAUGCUGAAUUGGUUCAAAUAUUGAAAGAUUUUAUUGCAGCUAAUCAAACGAAGCAUAAAGACGUAAUAGAAGAAACUAACAACAGUAUUAGUGCAAAAGAUGAUAAUUUUACACAAGAUACUAGUGAAAUAAUUCUAUUGCAACAACAUUUAAUUGAUCAAUUAACUAGUCCAAAAGUUACUAAAAUUCAUAGUGCUCUCUGUAAAAAAAGAAUUAAAGGUUUUGCGAAAAUAUCAAAAAGAAAAAAGAUAAUGAAUGAAAUUACGAAUGUUAUUCAAGAUAAUAGUAAAGAAGUAGUCUUAAAACAGCAAUGCAAAUACUUAUUAUGUAAAAACCCAGGUCAUUAUCAAAAAAAAUGUCUAUUUGCUAGUACAAUAGAUAAAGAAAAUGAAUAA